UAUGGAGACCUGGUGUGAGUGGCAUGGGGUCGGAUUGUAGGAAAGGGUAGUCCAAGAUCUAGGUUUUAAUCCGUUUUUUUCCUGGAAAGAAUGCUUACUGUGAAAGCUGCCAUCUGAAGUGGCGGGGCCUGCACUACACUUCCCAGGAGGCUGUUCGCAGCGGGAGGCUCACGUGACGGGAGCGCGGGCUUUGGAAGGCUACGAAGCUGUAACCGAGUUCGGCUCCACCUCGGAAGCGCGGGCUCGGGGCUAACCAGGGACGCCGGGCCACCGCUAGCUGCUGAGGCCGCGUCCAGUUGAGGCGGGGUGAGUCCUCGCGGAAGCGCGUCUGAGAGCGGCAAGGGUAGCGGGGGCAGCACCAGGAAGCCCGGCGCUUGGGCCAUUCGCGCUGCCCGGAGCUUCUCUCUUCACCGCCAUCACUUCUGUGUUACCAUGGGAAUUCAAGGCCUUGCCAAACUAAUUGCUGAUGUGGCCCCCAGUGCCAUCCGUGAGAAUGACAUCAAGAGUUACUUUGGUCGCAAGGUGGCCAUUGAUGCCUCCAUGAGCAUUUACCAGUUUCUGAUUGCUGUUCGUCAGGGUGGCGAUGUGCUACAGAAUGAGGAGGGGGAGACCACCAGCCACCUGAUGGGCAUGUUUUACCGUACCAUUCGCAUGAUGGAGAAUGGCAUCAAGCCUGUGUAUGUCUUUGAUGGCAAACCACCACAGCUGAAGUCAGGCGAGCUGGCCAAACGCAGUGAGAGGCGUGCUGAGGCUGAGAGGCAGCUGCAGCAGGCUCAGGAGGCUGGGGUAGAGGAGGAGGUGGAAAAGUUCACAAAGCGACUAGUGAAGGUUACCAAGCAGCACAACGAUGAGUGCAAACACCUGCUGAGUCUCAUGGGCAUCCCGUACCUCGAUGCACCCAGUGAAGCAGAAGCCAGCUGCGCUGCCCUGGUGAAGGCUGGCAAAGUCUAUGCCGCAGCCACUGAGGACAUGGACUGCCUCACUUUUGGCAGCCCAGUGCUAAUGCGACACUUGACUGCCAGUGAGGCCAAGAAGCUGCCCAUCCAGGAGUUCCACCUGAGCCGGGUCCUACAGGAACUGGGUCUGAACCAGGAGCAGUUUGUGGAUCUGUGCAUCCUGCUGGGUAGCGACUACUGUGAGAGUAUCCGUGGCAUUGGGCCCAAGCGGGCUGUGGACCUCAUCCAGAAGCAUAAGAGCAUCGAAGAGAUCGUGCGGCGGCUGGAUCCCAACAAGUACACUGUUCCAGAAAACUGGCUCCACAAGGAAGCCCAGCAGCUCUUCCUGGAGCCCGAGGUACUGGACCCAGAGGCUGUGGAGCUGAAGUGGAGUGAGCCAAAUGAAGAGGAGUUGGUCAAAUUUAUGUGUGGUGAAAAGCAGUUUUCUGAGGAGCGAAUUCGCAGUGGGGUCAAGCGGCUGAGUAAGAGCCGCCAGGGCAGCACCCAGGGCCGCCUAGAUGAUUUCUUCAAGGUGACAGGCUCACUGUCCUCAGCCAAGCGCAAGGAGCCAGAACCCAAGGGGCCUGCUAAGAAGAAAGCAAAGACUGGGGGAGCGGGGAAGUUCAAAAGGGGAAAGUAAAUGUGUUUUCCCCUCCACUCUCCUUUGACUCCAGGAUUUCUGCUUUGUACCCUCAGCUAGAGCCCAUUCCUUCUGUGUCGGCUAGAGGAGCGUCCACUGCUUUCUAGUGCUGCCUGCUUUCCCUUUUUUACUUGGUCCUGUGGCAGAGAGGCCACAAGUGUCGUUUGUAGCUCAGGAAAAAUGUCAGGCUCAAACCAGGUUAAUGGACACUGCAUUCAUUGUUCUUUGAAACUGAUAGCAACAUUUUAAAGGAAGAUAAAGCAGGGAGAGAGUGUAAGGAGAUAAUUUCCUGGCUGGCCAGCUGUUCGAGAAGAGGUGCCUGUAGAACAUGACUGCUCAUUCUGAUUUCACUGUGCCCUGAAAGACAGCCAUCAGAUCAGGCUUAGCUGAUGAAAGAGCUUCGAAGAAAGACAAGCAGAGGAAUCUGGCUGACAAUGGACUUGUUUACUGACUGGCUGUGUUUUGUGGGCAGAAACUUGAACUUGCUGUCUGGUGAGUCUACAGUAGAUUUUUAAAGGAGUAAAACAGCAGUGUUUUAGGUUUUGUUUGUAGUUUUGUUUUUGUCCCCUUCCUGUCUCCAGUGCUGGGAAUUGAACCAAGGGCAUACACAAUUAGCAUACUACUGGCCUGUAGCCCCAAGUGACAUUGUUCUGCUUUUCCUUGGCAAUCAAUUGAAUUGAGGUUUUUGGGAGAGAAAAAAAAAACUGUUGUUUGUGUGUUAUUUCUAUUUUAAAAGGUGUGAAGAGAAAAAAAAUCAAUAAAAUGCAAAAAUGACCAA